CAGUGUUAUGGUCGGAAAUUUGUCCAGUCGUCCUCUGAGCUAAGCUAUCAGUCGCCCUUCAGCACAGGCAGGCUGCGUUUCUUCUUCCACAGAGACCCAAGUCACAUUUAAACCAUGGCAGGGACAAUUGCACGGAAAGCCAUUGACCAUCUCAAGAGCAAAGAGUUCAGGGAAUAUUUGAUGAGCACACAUUUCUGGGGUCCUGUCGCAAACUGGGGUCUUCCUAUAGCUGCCAUCACAGACAUGAAGAAGAGCCCUGAGAUUAUCAGUGGCAGGAUGACCUUCGCUCUGUGCUGCUAUUCACUUCUCUUCAUGAGGUUUGCCUAUAAAGUGCAGCCACGCAACUGGCUUCUGUUUGCCUGCCAUCUUACCAACGAGUCAGCACAGCUGGUUCAGGCGAGUCGCCUCAUAAAAUACAACAUGGAGAAGAAGAUGAAAUCUUAAUGAAAGGGAAAACAGGUGCAGCAAAUUCACUGCAAAUUGGUGCCGUGCUACUUCAAAGGCCUGCUGAACCCGGACAUCAAAACCUAUUCACCUAAACCAUCUUCAUCUAUAAGUGACACUGUAGCACUUACGGUACAUUGUUUUUAACAUGUUGUUACCAUGAUCAAUCACCCUCACGAAGAGAUCAAGUCACUUUUUUUACCACUGAGAUAGAGAAUGCACAGAGAUGCUUCCUUCAAGAAUAAAGGUCAACUACUGAUGUGUAGUUUUAGAUUUUUGCAAAAUUCAACAUGUCAAAAAAUGUAAUAUUGUGAAUGUUCAUUCUGCAAACCACCCUGAGAAUUAGAUACCUCGCACCCAUGAUCCACUGGCUUUUUUACUCUGUGGAAAAACAACCAUAAUUCAACCAAAAAACAACUGUAAGUCUUCACAUUCAGGCCAUAGUUUAUCACUUUCAUACCUUUAAGUAAUGGAAUCAUUGUUUAAGUUUCAUGCAGAACUUAGCCCGAGGUCAGUUUGUGCUCACAAGUCUACAUCAAAACAUAUGGUCAUUAGUUAUGGACUUCAGUUCUUAGGCCUUUAACUUUUACACAGAGGACACACAGACAGCCAAGUUGUAUUUGUUUUGCCCUAAAGUAAGAUAACAUGCUGUAUAAUGUAAACAGUAUGUAUGAGGAUCCGAUUUCAAACUGUUGUAUGACAGUACAAUGGCUUAUGAUGAUCAAACAAAUGAAAAAAAUAUUCAGAACUUCUUGUUUUUUUUAAUGCAGAGAAGUUGUGUACACUAUAGAUAUGUGUAUAAAGGGAAUCUAUAUACAUUUCCUCCAUGGCUGAGCAAGACAAACUGCUUCUGUCAGUGCUGACCAAACUGUGUUUUUGUCAUUUGUCAUUCACAUUAAUUUAUUUUCAUUGUUUAAUUCACAUGAUUCUGCCCUGAUUAUUGAUUUGAUUGUAUGGGUUUGUUCAAAUAAAGUGGCAAUAACCAACCUGA